ACGUAAUCUCACAAUUGUUUCAGGCAUUCCUAAUUGUUUGCGUUUGUAUACAAUGUGAAUCUGAGAUUUUUACAAUGGAGUUUACCUGUGCUGUGUUAGUUAGUAUAUUUAUUGCUGCGUGGAUUGAAAUUUCUUCCGGAGCCGUUACAACAUCAACACUAGCCCCGACUGAAUUUCACCUUGGAGAAAAAAAUAUUACUUGGCAUCCAGAUCAUAACGAGAAAUUAAUCGUCACAACGGACGAGGGUUAUAAGAUUUCUGUUAAAAUAGAAUAUUGUAACAUCGAUAUUACAGAUAAGGAAUUUGUUAGAAUUUAUACAGAUAAACCGGAAGAAUCUAUAAUUGUUACUGGGGCAGUUGCAGCUAAUCCCAAAUUUCUGUACAAUACAGACGUGUUAAACUUAGAAUUCACUGGUACUAAAAAUAGCAAUGUUACAUUCGAAUUGGCAAGAAUUGGGGACGUUAUCACAACUACUACCGCUGAACCAACAUCAUCGACAGAAUUUCUGCCUACCCCAAGUAUUAACGAUACCUAUGAACUGGUCGUAGUUUUGUCAGGUCUAGCAGCAUAUCAAUACCGAAAUCCAACUAUUUUAUCGGAUUUUACACAGAUGAUUGCAAAUAUGGCUAUUGAUUAUUGUGAAGAUCAGCAGUUUGAAUUGGUUGAUAAUAUAACAACCAACAAUGUUGAAAUCAUCGGAAUCUAUACAUGCACCGCUGGCUGGCCUAGUUGCAACCCUUGUGUAGAAGCCAAAUUUGCGGUACCUAUUAAUACGAAGAACGAUUCUGAAAUCUGGCCAGGUUAUCAGUUAAAUCAAUAUCAUCUUAAGAUAAUGUGGGAGAGAUACUCAGAAAAAUACCUUUCCGACGGGAUAACUACUUGUGCUUUACCAAGUAUGAACAAUUGGAUCAAAUACAGGAUCAUUUUAUUUUUUUCCGUAACUGCGGUCUUUUUAAUAAUCUUGCUGAUUAUAAGAUAUUGCAGUGUAAAAUAUUCUCGGAUUGCAGGAAUGAAGAAACAAAAAAUGAGAGGACAAGACUCAAAUCAAUCUCAAGAAGAUACGGUGCCUGUAGAUCCGCUCAAUGAACAUUAUUAUCAGGAAAAACCUCCUUUCUUUGAUGUCACUCAGCCGAUGUUUGAAUCUAAUAUGGGCUUAACAAAUCCUGCUUUUGAAUUGUUGCCUGAGCCGUCUUCAGUCCUUAAAAAGAGGCGAGUGUUUGCAGAGGAUCAGCAGGAGCUAGAAGUCAACUGUGUAAGACUAGAUGGGCAAAUAUUAGAGACACAUUUAGAAAGUGUUUCUGGCGAUGAGAAGGAACACAAUGUUUCUGCACCAAGCCAAGGGACAAAUGAUGAACGAAAUGAAAUAAUAGAAGCAACCAAGAGUCAAAGAGAAGAUUCGUCUGGUUCAAUUCAAGGGACUGAAAUACUACCAAUACAAAAACACACUACUACAUCAAAAAAAAGCAGAAGUAAAAGAAAAGUUACCUAUUCUCAGCCUUCUGCUUCAGCAAAACUCAUGGAGUAUUUAAUUAACAAACGUGGGGAGCAACUUACGGCACCACCAGAUGCAGUUGACGCCUUCCUAGCUGGCAUAACACCAGCCCCAAAGUUGCUUUCGGCUCUAAAUUUUCAUUUUGCGAAAUCAGAAAUAUUUUCAGUUGUACAGAAAUAUGAGCUAAAGUCUCUUCAAGAACAAACCUAUAAUAAUAAUAAUCAGCAAGAAUCAAGUAGUACAACAGCACUUCCAAUAGUAUCGCCUGUAUCCAGUUACCAAUAUCCUAAUACAUCAACAACCAAUUCACCGAUACAAUCACCUAUUUAUAUCCAAUUGCAAUCUCCACCGCCAAUACAAACUAUGGAUGAUGAUGAUACUACAAGCUCUUCUAAUAUUCAAGAUUUGCAGGACUACUUUAGCAGCUUUUAA